UGCAGAAGAAGUUUUCCGCGUUAGCGAGCAAAAGCCUUCCCAGAGAAUGUCUGCUACUUGCUAAAAACCAGUGUCUCACCAUCCCGGUGAUCGGCACGGCACCACCAUGACCAUCUCAAGCCAGCUGGUGGUACCCAUGACGCUGUGGGGCAAGAUUGCCCCCACCCACUGCAUGUCGUCCGUGUUCAUCACGAAGGACCAGAAGAUGAUCGUCACGGGCUGUAAGGACGGCCAGAUAUGCGUCUGGGACAUUGUGGACGGAGCCAAGAUUGUGCCCCGCAGCAUGCUGUUUGGCCACACCGGUCCAGUUCUGUGUCUGGCCAGUGCCUCUCCAUCUGGUGAUGGCUCACUGUUGGUCAGCUCCUCCGAAGCUGGCGAAAUGUCCUUGUGGGACCUGACAGAUGGCAGGUGUCUGGAGAACAACAAGCUUCCUUAUGUCCACACGCACAUGCAGUCCCACAUGCUUUCUGGGGGCGAAACUUCAUAUCUCUUCUGCAACGGCUACUAUGCGGAUGUUGUUGUCCUUGACACCAUGACACUGACUGUGGCCUUCGAGCUGGUGUCACGCAUUUCUUCAGACUGGAUCAGUGCCAUGCAUGUUAUUAGAACGCCUACUCGAAAUGAUGAUGUCGUCGUAGCCAUCUCUGCUUGUGGCAUGGCCAAGGUCUGGACACUGUCGCCAGAGAAUUACAAGUCUUCCAGCCCACUGUAUGAGGGGGAGUCGAUGACCCUCAAAUGCCUGAAUGCCCUGUGCCUGGCAUGCUGUGCCUACAACCAGCGCACUAUACUCGUGGUGACGGCCAAAUGCUGGCAUAUCUAUGAUGCGUACGACUUUGCGCUGCUUUGCUCGACGGACAACCGGCCGGGUGAGCGGUGGAUGGGAGGGGACUUCAUCUCUGCUGAUCGUGUAUGUGUGUGGAGUGACAAGGGUCGGGGUUACCUCUAUCAACUGCCAGCCAACAAACUGAAGGGAAAAGCAAUUAGUGCCAUCGCCGACAGCAGAGAGUUUCGCACGGGACCUACCUUCGAAGACAGCGCUUUUCUCUUCUGUGUGCUUGCUGUUCCAAAUGAUGAGAGGCUUGUGUGCCCUCCUGCCAUGGGAUACUUCCUUGGCAUGCGGGGUGGCUUUCACAAAGUGCUCCUGAGAGGAGACUCAAACGGGCGAGUCGUUCUGUGGAAUGUUGUGGACGUGGCCGCUUCCGACGUCGCUCGCAUGCGCCAAGAAGCGAAUGCCGUUGUUCAAAUGGAGCCUUUCCUGAGCCUGGCUUUGCAAGAGGCUUGGGACGAAAUGAAGCCAUCACCUCCUGGCAUUCUAGACAAAAUGGAACUACCCGGAGAGAGCCAGGAGCUGAAGCUAACGGCCAGCGUCUACCUGCCCCUUCAAGGACGCCUGGUGGUGGGCAGGGAAGAUGGCAGCAUUGUUGUAGUGUCGGCCACUCAAGCCGUCAUGCUGCAGCUCCUCUAUGGGAAGCAUCACCACGACGAUCACCCGCAGCACCAGCUUCUACACGGCCACACCGGUCGUGUGACAUGUCUGCUGUAUCCCAACCACGUGCAUUCGCGCUACGAGAUUGCCCACCUCGUGUCGGGUGGUGUGGACUUCUCGGUCUGUCUGUGGGACUUGUAUGCUGGCACCCUGUUGCACCGAUUCUGCGUCCAUGCGGGUGAAGUCACCCAGCUUCUUGUGCCUCCGAGCAACUGCAGUACUCGAGUGCUGCAGAGCAUCUGCAGUGUUGCCAGUGACCAUUCGGUGGCGUUGGUCAGCCUGAAAGAGCGCAAGUGCAUUAUGCUCGCCUCUCGUCAUCUGUUCCCUGUCGGCGUGGUGAAGUGGCGACCCUUCGACGACUUCAUGGUGGUCGGUUGCUCGGACGGCUCGGUCUACGUCUGGCAGAUGGAGACCGGCCACCUGGAUCGAGUGCUGCAGGGCCUGGCGGCGGAGGAGGUUCUGAGUGCGUGUGAUGAGCACACUGGCCACCCGGGAGAGCGCAUGACGAACCCGGCGGUGCAUUUGUUUCGGGGUCUGCGCCACCGCAACAUGGCUGCCAUCCGGCAUGCUGCCCAGCGCGGACUGCACCAUCUGCAGCAGCAGCACCACGCUUCACACCACCCCACUCCCGGACACCAGCAUGGAAUGGGCCAUGAAGUGGGCGACAGUGCGCACGCUCGUUCCCGGGCACACCCGCUCAUGAUCCAGGGGCUGAGGACCAACCCUGUGGAUCAGGACAGUCACGUGCUCUUCUUUGACAUUGAGGCGCUCAUUGUGCAGCUGCUCUCCGAAGAGUAUUCGGGAAUGUCGCCAGGCACGCUGGAGUCUCAGGGCCUCAUCAACCAGUCCGAGUACCAGAAGUACCUCACCUUGUCUUCUUCACCUGAGACUCACAAGAAACUGUCAGGUUUUAUCGCUAAAGUGAAAGACACCGCAGAGACUGCAGCAUCAAAAAUCCAAGCCAAGGCAGAAAGUGUUGGCAUAAAGACAUCUCAAACAGAUGCUUCUGUGGGCGGCAAGCCAGGAGAUCCGAAGAACGCAGCGGGACUGGCGGCCAAGCAGAAACACCUGAGCUUGGCCGAGACCAACCUGACCAUGGAGAUUGCCCAGCUGCUGCUGUCCCUCCUGCAUGCUUGGGGGCUUGACAAUGACCUCGACAAGGCAUGUGAGGGAACCUUGGGCCUGCUGUGCCCCAUGCGACCCAUCUGCUUUGGCCUGCUGUCCAGGGGCAGCCACAUGAGCCUGCUGCUUCCGACCCACACGUACCGCAUACUGCCCCCAUCUCAGGAGGCCGCACCAAUCAGCAAGGAGCGCAAGGUGGUGACCAUACCCGUGCCCAAAGAGCAGAUUGAAGAAGAGGAGCGGGCGCGACGCUUCUCAUCCAAAGGCCACUGGGAGCUGUCGACGGCCGUCACGACCAACCACCUGCUGACGGUGAUCGCCCUGGCCAACACCCUGAUGUCCAUGAACAGCGCCACCUUCGUGCCCGAGCAGGAGAAACGCCGCAAGCUGCACAGGCGCCUGAGCCGUGCGGACAGCCGGGCCUUCAUGAUGUCACCCGGUGAAGGAGGAGGAGGCAGUGGUGGUGGCAGCGUGGACAGCAGUGGCGCCCUGGCCGUGAUCCAGGAAGUGCUGUCGCAGCAGCAGGCUCACAUCAAGCAAGGCUGGAGCUUGCUGGCUGCUCUGCACUGCGUCCUGCUGCCAGACCUGGUGCGCACCCCCGACUUCAAGAGACCCCAGGUCGAGAUGCUUGCCCGCCGGUGGCAGGACCGCUGCCUGGAGGUGCGUGAGGCAGCCCAGGCAUUGCUGCUCGCGGAACUCCGGCGCAUUGGCCCCAAGGGCCGCAAGAUGGUUGUGGACGAGUGGGCCGUAUACCUGCCGAACUACGGCGAGGCCUUUCUUGCCUCGACCGCUGGGCCCACCCCACCGACACCUCAGCCGGGUCAGAUGCCACAGCCGGCUUCUGGCAUGGGUGGUGGCAGUCCAAGCUCCGUUGCACUUGAGGGUAACGUGGCCAGCUACCAGGUAGGAAGUGCGGCUAGCAGCAGGGCCUCCUCGGGACAGAACACACCGUCCGGACCCCAGCCCAAGGCCGAGACCCAGUCGAUAAGAACCAGCGAUGGACAGAACUCGUCCGAGGAAGAAGACGAGGAAGAAAGAGAAGGCGGAGAGGCGACCACCAAGCACGCCUGGAGCGCUGCUGAGGCCCGCCGCAAACAGUCGACGGCCAUUGUUCUUCUGGGUGUGAUCGGUGCAGAGUACGGUCACGAGAUUGAACAGAGCAAGCGGAAGGGCACCGACGACCAGAAGAAGAAGUCUGUCGUGGAUGGAUUUGGGCCCACCAACUACUCUCUCGCCUGGCACACCAGCCAGGCGCUGUCGUACUUGCUGCUGACGCCUGCAACUCCAGCUUUACCUGCACACACGUCACUACGCCGAGCGGCCAUCGACCUGAUUGGCCGGGGAUUCACGGUCUGGCAAGCACACAUGGACGUGUCCCGGGUGCUGCUUGGCCUGCUUGAACUAUGCUGUGAUUCGGACAAGCUCGUGCCCAGCAUGUCGUACGGACUGCCGCUGACUCCAGCGGCAGAUUCGUGCCGCACAGCGCGGCACGCGCUGUCCCUGAUUGCGACUGCGCGUCCGCCAACGUUCAUCACAACGCUGGCGCGUGAAGUGCACCGCUACAACACGCUCGCUCAAAAUGCACAGUCGCUCAACAUAUCACUGCACCAGACGGUGUUGAGCCGCGCACGUCCCGAGAUAUUGCGCAUCGUCGAGCUGCUCAUCGACAAGAUGCAGACAGAAGUUGCUGACCUGCUUGUCGAGGUGAUGGAGAUUGUCCUGCACUGCCUCGAUCCUACGCAGCUGAAGAUGCGUGGGCUCAGUGAAUUGUUCCCUGCCAUCUGCAAAUUUCACAAUGUCAGCUACUGUGGGGCAACACGGCGUAUUGCCGUUGGAGCAAAGAGCGGCAGCCUCACUAUCUACGAACUGAGGGCCUCGAAGUCACAGAUAAUACCGGCCCACUCAACAAGCGUUGUUGCCUGCACAUUCUCCCCUGAUGGCAAAUACCUGGCCACCUAUUCCAGUGGGGAGAACAAGCUCUGCUUCUGGCAGACUGCGGCCGGUCUCUUUGGGCUGGGCAAUGCGCAGACGCGCUGCGUGCGCACCUACCCGACGCCUCCGCUGCCGGACAGCGUACGUGCCAACUCGCUCAAGAUGGCGUGGCUAGUGUGGAUCGCCAGUCGCACCGUCAGCCUCAUGCUGGCAGACGGCUCCGAGCACCGAUUCACCCUCAGUUAAUCCGCUUUAUUCCUCUUCGCCGGAAAUGCAUACUGCCCCUGCCGUUUGUUACAAUUAUGGCUGUGCCGGCAUCGCAGCCUGAAGGUCAGGGGCGCCCCAGCGCAUUGUCACGUGCUUGUCACUCAUGUGCUGCCGAUGUGUGUCGAAUAAUAGUAAGGGGCAAAAAGGUCAAAAGUCUUGAUGAGAAGAAGAAUAUGUAUGCCUCGUCUUUCAAGGAAUUUAUUGCUGUAUAUUCCCACAAAUUGUCACUUCCCAGCUUGCAAUUUGAGAACUACAUGGUUCGAUUUGUGGAAUGAAUUGCGGAAAGCGGUGCAAGAAGAAACUCGUAUAUCGUCGCUUGUUAAAAAGAAGCCUGGGUCUGUUUGCCUUGGCUUAAAAUUGACAGGUCUAUAGGUUAUAUUUCAGUCUCGGCGGUUUAUGAUGACAUAAGGUAGCAUCUCAAUGGUUUUAGCGGUUUAUGAUGACAAAGACUCUGAGCAGUCAUUUCGCCUAUGGUGUGUUGUGUAAUUGUAUGCGCAUAAUACAUGAUCUGUUGAAUUACAAUCUAGAAGGCCCAAAGCGAUGCUUUUUGCACAGCCAUUUAAAACACUCCCUGUGUAUAUAGGGGUCAUCACUGGCACCAGUUGACUGAUGCUGCUCGGAGCAGGCCAUUACUGUGUGGAUAAGAAAUCCUCAGUCAUUUAAAUUGAGUAAUUAAUGUAACAUAUUACUAUUUGCUGUGCGAGAGGUUUAUCAGCCUUUUUACAGUGGAAAAACAUUUGUAGAAGGAGGUUAAUCAGCAACGAGGCAAGAAAGGCCUCCUUUCCCACUGUUUUCUUACUCACGUCUGCACUAUUCCACCUAAACGAUUCUAUGGCAUCAUUUUACUACAUAUGAAAGGUGCCGUGACUCAUGGCAGCUUUGCAAGCCUGGUGCAGUUGUGCUUGUUUGUCAUACGAUGAACAGCUUGAGUGAUAGGACAAAGCUCCGUGUCGUAUUUAUUAAAGCGAAAGCCAUAGAUGCAACAUCAAAUGAGAUAUGUUACCCGCGGCAACUUCAAAUAACUUCAAGCAACUUCAAAUAACUUCAAAUGGUAUCAUUCGAUGUCAAGCAUUGUACAAUCAAAAUCCUGUCUUCAGUGAAAUAUUUUUUUUUCUCUAUACUUUUUAUCUAUUAGGUUGAAGGUAUGAGUUCUAGCAUGACUCAAGGUGUCACACCGAAGAGAUACGUUCUGUGUCUCAUCAUCUGUACAGUUAGCUAUAUUAAACACUGACCUACUAGCCAAGCUAAGCUCUUUCUACAAAAAGGCAGCUGAGGUUCCUACUUAAUUUACAGGUUUUUCUUUUACGUCCCAUGAAUUCAAUUAAUUUGUUUGGAUCGUUGACAUUGCAUGAGUAAGAUAAUGUUGCCAUAAUUGAAAAAGCCUUCUGGUGGUGCCUUCUUUUAGUGUGGCUCCUCUCUACUAGUUUUAAGGGACUUUUUUUUCUUAAAUAUAAUAUCGCACCUGUACAGAUGUGAUCAAGAAUCAGUUGAUCACAAUUAAUUUCUCUGAUUGGCUAUUUCUUAGAGCUCAAUACAAGAUGUGCUUAGCACAUGAUGCUGUAAACAUGUCUUUUCUUAUCAUAACCAUAGUCUUUCUUGCCAAGGAAGCCUAAGAAAAGUCUUAGCCAUAUUCCCUAUCCUAGUGGUGGCUUGAUUGCUUGUUGGCGGGGUAAUUAAACCCAGCACAAGCUGUGGAUUAGUUGCACUGUGUAGGAGUUGGUGUCUCAAACUGGCUCGGACAGUUGCAUAGCUAACUUUUAUUGUUUAGCCCUUAUAUUGAUGUAUGCUGGCUUCUUAAGCCAAAGCCCAAAAGAAGUUAUUUUCAGAAACUAUUGUUUUUGGGCAGUUUGGCAAUCCUUGCAGAAGUCAUCAUUGCACAAAUAAUGUGUAUGCAGAGAAGGGCUAGCAGCAGCAUAACUUUUCCAAAUGUGUUCAUUUGUUCCUUACAUUUUCAGUUCUAGUAUAUAUAGUAUUUUGCUGAAUUCCCUGAGCAUUCAUUUUUCAUACAGUAGUGGCCUGCUUUGUGGAUGGCAUGACAAACCUUAGCACAAACUUAGCACGAACUAGCAGUGUCUGCAGACUGUGGGCUCAUGUGGCAUAAGCUAAUUAAAUAUGGCUAGUUCUAAGAAUGCCCACUGCAAGGUAUCAAGGUGCCUUUCACAAAUAAAGAAGCACUGAGAAGAAAAACAAUAUUUCUCAUCUUAAAUUUCACAAUACCAAAGCUGCCACAUUUGCCGCAAGGAGACGCUUGGCAAGUGUACGAAAAAAUAAAAUGCAGGUGAUGCCGCUGGUUUGAUCUCAGUGUGACAUAGAUUUUGGCAGUAUAUUCUGAACAAAUUUCAUCGGUGAAAAUUAAUUGCACUAGUGAAUGGCUCAGAACAGCGAGUUUUCAGAAAUCUAAAUAAUCUGCUGUGCUUAAAAUGCGAAUAAAAAAAAAUUCUUGGAGCCCGUAACAUUGCUGUAACAUUCUAUUGGUUCAAUUUUCAUACGAUCGAAGCAAACAAAACAUUCUUGCCUCUAAUAAUGAACCCAUGGUGGUAGAAUUAAAGCAGAAUUAUCAAGAAAUAACUCUUGAUUGUUAAGUGAUGCAGCUCAUCACAUUUCUGUCUUUUUAAAACCAACAGCAGAAACCUUGUAGUGGAUUCAUCACUUUAAUAAAUGUCAUACUUAGUGCAUGCUUAUCAGCUAAGUCAAUGAUCAUGAACACACAUUGCUCAGCUAGGGUGGUUGCCAGGCACAACAUUACGUGACAGUCAAGGUGUUCCUCAAAGUGGUAGUGUGAGUGUUCAACCCUAGAACUUAGAAUACUGUGAAGGUUAUUCCUAGGCACACUGCCUUUUCUGAAAAAAAGCUUUGUACAAAAAAAGCCUUGCUGCUUAUUAUUAAUGUAUUUGUAAGCUUGACAAAGGACUUGCUGUUUAAGAGGCACUUCCUGAACGUUCAGGGGAACACUGUUCACUUCGUGCCCUGAAUUUGUACCAGAUGUGCUUUGCUUUGCGAGAGGAGCUGUAGGGCAGUUUGUUGUAAGGUUGAGCCAAAACGACCUCAAAAUUAAAAGUUAUUUGAAAUGCACAAUUAGCAUGAGUAUAGAUAAGGUUUAUAAUUAUAAAGCUAGAAGAGAAGGAUGUUUAUCAGUAUCUAGUAGCCUUUCUCGAGGGCAGUUUGUUGUAAGGUUGAGCCAAAACGACCUCAAAAUUAAAAGUUAUUUGAGAUGCACAAUUAGCAUGAGUAUAGAUAAGGUUUAUAAUUAUAAAGCUAGAAGAGAAGGAUGUUUAUCAGUAUCUAGUAGCCUUUCUCGAGAUGAGAAGCGAUGCAGUCAAUUGUGCCAUUAGCAUCGACUUCCUGGGCUUCUGUUAAUUGUAUAGAGCCCUUUUUGGUGAUCGUUUUUUACUUGUUUUGAAACAGUACGAAACAUUGUUGAUCGCAUGAAUUGAUCGCGUCAGAUUCCCUGACACUGCUGUAUAGCUAUGCAUAUUCCUAGCGAUGUCUAGUGCACAAAGGGAAUAUUGUAUGACUGCCUUCCUGUAUUAUCGGCACUUUUUGCUGAUAUGAUUGCAGUUAUAUUUCUAUAUUUGUAUACAUUAUAGAUUAUAUCAAAACUAUUGUUGUCCACUUUAGUAAUACCAGCCAGUUUUACCUAUAUUGCUUUUGUGAUGAUGUUAUACUUCUAUUGCGUGGCCUUGUUUGAGUGAGCAUAUAUAUAGCUUGAGAAUGUGCUCUGGAUAUUGAAGUGUGUACAGUAAACUGGCGGUAGCCAGUGUAUAACUUUAGGAAAUUUGCAUGCAUAGCCCUGAAAAAAAAAAAGCCAGUCAGUGCUUUAGGCUCAUCUUUUCUUUGCCAGCUUGUCAACAUGUAAAUGUCUACAUUCUUUUAGCAUGCUACUUUGUAGUAAUUUCCAAUUGUGUGUAUGUUAUCAUGGAAUGAAUGCUCUCAUUACUUUAAGUUGGCCUGUGUGCCACUUUGCAUGCAUGGUAAUCCAGAGGCAACCUUAAUUAUGCAUCAACUUUUUGUAUUAUUAUUGCUUAGUUUUUCAACGUUACUCAUCUGCGUGGCACUCUUGAAAUUGGUCCAAAGUGUAGUAUACUACUCAGACGUGGAAAAAAAGAAAUUUAAUCUGCAUGGUUAUUUUAUGCAAGACAUCCAUUAUGAAUGAAAUGGACACUUAGAACUCGGAAAAAGUUAUUCGACACAGAGCAUAAAACUUUGGUAAAAUAAAUAGUGAAGAAUUUAAUAGUAGUAGUGAAACAUUUUUCUUGUUACAAAAACUACAAAUUAGUGCUCUAUUGUGAAACUCAAGUGGUGGACUUGCAUUACAAAUCAUUUUAAAUAAGGCAAAUGUUUCACAACAUGCUUGCAUUCCAUCUUGCAUUUUUUUAACUCUUGAUGUUUCUUGUCCUUUAAAAGUAUGGUGGUCUGCCCGUUUUAUCUUUUUUAUUGUUGGCAACCCUUCUCACAUAUCCUGUUGAACCUCGUGCUCUCUUCUCUGCCUGAGGACCUUUGCAUCUUUCUUUACCUGCUUUCACAGGGUGACAUUGUAUUUGAAUUGAGACCCAAUUCCAGAUUUUUCAUUUCUGGGAAUCUCUUCUUUAAACUUUCGUGCGGUUGAUCACCCAAGUUAGCCACAACGUUUGACAUCUUGUCUGUUGACUCAGCCUGUUGAUCGUCGCUAAAAGUGGUGCUUUCAAAAUUUGCUGGUUUACAAAUAUGGUCGCUGUCGUUCAUUUGUAUGUGUGACUAGAGGCAGCCAAGAAAUCUGCCAGCUUCUCUUCGAUUUCUAAUUUCAUUUUUUUUCCAGUCGCAUGCAUUUCCUUCUGUGCACUCGAGUAGGCAAACAUGCAUGUUCUGCAACAGCCUAUAUCUCAAGUGUCAGCAUCAAACUGAACACAGGAAGUUAAAAUUAUAUGAGAUCUCUUAAUAAAAUCUGCUGCUCCUGUGUGCCACAUUUCCUUUUCUUGAUGUUGUUCCUAAGUAGAGAAUAGUUACACUGGUUUAAGAUGGUGCAAGAAUAUAUCUUUUUCAUUAUGAUCACAUGUUAUGUUGGGUUAUUCAGAUUUAUGCAGAUGCAAAAUGCAGAUGCCUCUGGCUAUGCUUCAUUCUUUAGGUAGCAUUCAAUGAAUUUUGUAGAAAUGGUGCACGAGAAAUGUGUCCUUUUGGUCCUUUUUGGUGUGUAAGCAUGUAUAUACUGUGGGGCUUAUUAUGAUGUCUGUAUAGAUUUAAUGCUGUUGUCCUAGGUUUAACCAAACUCUACUACUGUUACUUGUUUUGAAGAAUGCCCUAAUCUGCAAAGGUGUAUUUUCCUUUAACUAGGCUGCAGAUACUAUGAAAUUGCUGGAAAGCUGGGCAUGCACGUAAAAUGUAAACCGCUGCACAAAGAGUAAUCGAUGCUUUCGAUGUCUUCUCAAUGUAGAGCUGGAGAGCUCUUUGGACUGUUUGAUGAAACCCUUGCAGUAGCUGUAUUCAUUUGUGCUGAAUUUGUGUGACUUUUUUUUCUCUAUCUAGUUGAAAAUGUACAUCGUCAUUCUUUAUGAAAGGGAACCCACGACCGCGUGGCCUGCUCUCUACAACGGCUGCCUACAGUAUCUUGCAGCUCUUGUCCAGCGGCCAUAACUCAUUCUGUUUGCCAAUAGAUAGCGCCAAAAGUCAGUGUCUUUUCUUUUGCUGUCAGUUGACGAUGAUCCUGUAGGCAGCCGCCGCAGAGUGCAGGCCAUGCAUGCAUGUAUUCCCUUUCAUAAAGGAUGACAGUGUACAACAUUGUAGGAUUUCAUGAAGCAAAAAGGCAAGCCUUCAAAACAUUGGCACUAGUAGAAUAAGUUGUACAGCACACAGUUCCUAUUCUAUUUGUGUCUACAUUUGGCAUGUGUGCCUCACAUUACGGCUUUCUUCCUCAUUACAGAGAUCAACUUUAUAAUCGGUAAACGAAAUUGCAGUUCUUUAUAAAUUUUUUGUUGUAGAAGACAACCCCUGUGUAAUAAAAAAAAUUUAAAUCUGUUAUUAUAAAAGGCUUUCCUAAAGGUAUUGUUCUAGUCUGUCAAAAGCCAUUUUUUGAAUUAUUAUCAUUAUUAUCUUCCAACUUUGGUCCCUCUUUCUCUCUCACUUCAAUGUAUGCUGUUUAAACCAUGUCAUACAUUCCAAAUUAUUCUGAUACGCCAAUAUUUCUGACAGUCUUUUGGCAUCAUGAUAGACAUUCUUCAUACAUUAAAGUUUGGGUAAUUGGAUUAUUCUAACUGCUGAUAUAUAUUCACAGAUGUCUUUUCCAAAUAAAAGAAAAGGCACAAAAUCUUCGUACUGUAGCAAAAUAAUGCCUGCUGCUUCAUUUAGCACAUCAUGAUCUGUAUGGAGUGUGAAUUUUGUUACUUCAUAUUAACAAUGCGUCCUAACAACGAAAAUAGUGCAAUGAAUUGGUUUUUUUCUUGACAUAAUUCAUAAGUGUCACUUGUUGCGAGGUUUCUUUGAAAUAAUUUUCAUGUUUCUCUAUGGAAACACCUGACAUCUGUUGGCAAAGAUAUUAGCGCAGUGCUCAGGUGUGUUCCAGUUUCUUUAUUCAGGAAAGUUCAUGUUUUCAAGAUAUGUUUGCAUUUCUUUUUGUGUCCAACAGGGAUUGGAAAAAUUAGAAACAUAGUAUACAUGCAUAUGUUCACACUUUCACACUUCAGGGCAGAUGCUACUCAAAAAAGAAAGUGUAUUUAGUCUGUAGCCAAGUGCAAUAAAAUGUUCGCUGUCUACACAUAUAUCUUUGAUGAUUUCAAAUAUGCAAUCAAUUGUAUAGUAAUUUGCGUAGUUUUUCUUUUGUACCAUGACAAGGCAUAACUUAUAGCUCUUUUUGGACGCAUUGUUUUUGCCACUAAACUUAUAUUGUUAUGAAUUGUUAAUGACUCAUAUUGCUACACAUGAACUGUAGAAUGCAAAUAACUAUCAAGAAAGUUUGUAUAAGACAUUUUAAUGAAUGAGCAAAAUUGUAAUGUGAGAGUCAUGAAAUGCUCAAGCCACAGUAAUUGCUUACUUCAUAAUAACUAUAUAAAUAAUAUGAGGUUUGAAAGGUGACAAUUGUACUCCACACUUGUUAAGGAACAUGAGUAAGCUAUCUCAAGUUAAGUGACAACAUUGAGUUUUCUUGUCAUGAAAGUAGAGAAACUAAACUGGUGAAAGCAAAUAGAAACGAAAAAGUAUGUAAUGUUGGAAAAAACAUUUUUUGAGUAGCAUCUCCCCUUGAGCACCUUACACGCGGUGCCAGUGUUUGAAGUGUAGCAUUUGAAUACAUGGUCUCAGAGUGGCCAUUAUAUAAUAAUCUCGGUACUAAUAAAAAAGUUCUAAAAGUACUGAUGACACGUCUGUCCUUUCGCAUUGUGUUCCACAUUAUUAUCGCUCGCUCUUUGUCUUUCAGGUUCACAAUCUCUAUGUCGUAACUUCUUAUUGGGCUGGUGCUUCAGAGAACCUUCCUGAGCUCGCAUGACACUCAAAGGCAAUUUUUUGUUUGACCGACAAAUACUUCUCAAGUGUCCGGCCGGCCACACCUUCACAAGAGCACCGCAAAGAACCGACUGCGAAGGUAACAUUCGUGAGAGUUUUUUCCUGCUCACCCGCUGUUUACAUCUCACCAGCAAAAAUGCGAGAGGUGUCUUGUGCGAAAAAUAUGCUGAUCAGUGGCAGAGGCAAUGUGUGUGUGGACACGCUAGCAUCUUUGCAUAUCUAGUCCAAUAUUGUGGAAGCACACCUGUGUUCACCCUCGAACUGUCAUUGAAAGACAUGAGCAGAGGUCGCUCAGCAUUGUGCUUUUUGUGUCCGGGAUACGGAGUGUUGCGCGAAGAGUGUUAGCUAGACAGGAUGUAUGGAGUUUCGUCUGAGGAUGCCAUGUGUAUAAUUUGAAUUCUGCGGAAUACCUAUUAUGGGUUACGUUGUUACAUGUGUAUACAUAAGUGAAUAAAUGCGUUGAUUGAAGGUGUA